AUGCCGUUCAAAUCAACAUUUAAUGCCUUGAAAGGCCAGCUCAAAGAUCUACAAAACGAAGGCCAGAAAUUUUUGGGGGGUUCCUCGCAGCCUUCGGGCCAGCCACAAUAUCAAUAUAACCGACCGCCGCCGCCACCCCCUCAGCAUGCAGCUAUGUUUGCCCAAGGCAAUCCCGGUGGUGGUCAACCAAAUCAAGGAGUAUACUGGGCCGCUCGGUUCGACCCAAAUACCCAGAUCAGCCAGGAAUGGGAGGAGAAAUUGGGCAACAACAAUGGCUGGGGAAAUAAUGAGCUUCAACACUACACGAACGACAGGGUCAACUCUUUCUUUACACCAAAUAAUCUUCUUGUCCUGCGCGCAAUUUCGGCUCCAACAACUCCUGAUCCAGCACGAAAGUACACUUCGGCACGGCUCGUGUCCCGCCAGCGGCUGGGCCGUCCCAGGGGUAGCCUUGUAGCAACCCUUACACUGCCAUGUGCGGCUGGUAUCUGGCCCGCCUUUUGGCUUCUCCCUUUUGAACCGUUCACAUGGCCACACGAGGGUGAAGUCGAUAUUGCCGAAACCUGGAACGGCGAUGGAAUCAACCACUCGUGUCUUCACUGGGGCUUCUACACUCCGGAAGAUAAUUGGAAGCAUCGUGUGGUGGGCACUUUUGUUCAAGGUAUGCAGCAGGGACGUCCUGUAAGAUACGAGUUCGCCUGGAACCAGGAUGAAGGGUCUGGGCAAGGACGAAUGGUGUGGUACAUUGAUGGACGCCCGGUCAUGAAGGCCCCCAUUCCGCAAGGGACCAGAAAAAUGGCAGACUUUGUGAUACUGUUGAACAUUGCCAUGGGUGGAAAUGUGACUCAAGGACGUACCCCGGAUGAUGGUACUUACGAUUUUGUUGUUCAUGAGCUGAAGAUGUUGGAUCAGCCAGAGAAUGGUGGAUGGGGCAAGUUCGAUCAAGAUUUCAAUAUCACCCGCGAAGGUGACACCAUUUAG